AGCGAGAGAAGAAAGAAGAGAGGGAGAGAGUUCAAAUUAGAGGCGAGGGAAGAACGGGAAAAGGGGUCUCUGCAAAGAGGAAGCCUGGUUUUAGAGAGCCAAUUAGAAGGGCCAAGGAGAUGGAAUGGCCGGCGUGUUUGGAUGAGUUUCUCAGUCGGAUGAAUACUCCGAGAGUCGUCAUCGACAAUGCCGUGUGCCCCACGGCGACCCUGGUCAAGGUGGACAGCGCCCGGAAGCACGGCGUCCUCCUUGAGGCGGUCCAGGUCCUCACCGACCUCGACCUCUCCAUCAACAAGGGCUACAUCUCCUCCGACGGCCGCUGGUUCAUGGACGUCUUCCACGUCACCGACCACAUCGGCCGCAAGCUCGCCGACGACUCCGUCAUCUCCUACAUCGAGCAGUCCCUCUCCCCCGGCGCCACACCCCGCUCCGCCACCCUCGACGGCCUCACCGCCCUCGAGCUCACCGGCACCGACCGCCCGGGCCUCCUCUCGGAGGUCUUCGCCGUCCUCGCUGACCUCCGCUGCGCCGUCGUCGAGGCCAAGGUUUGGACCCACAAUGGCCGGAUCGCCGCCCUCAUCUUCGUCCGGGACGAGGAUUCCGGCUCCCCGAUCGACGAUCCCCAGCGGAUCCGCCGCGUCGAGGCCCGCCUCCGCCACGUCCUCAAGGGCGACCACGACAUCCGCGGCGCCAAGACGGCCACCGUGCCUCUGCCGUCGCUCACUCACUCCGAUCGCCGCCUUCACCAGCUCAUGUUCGCCGACCGCGACUACGAGCGCAUCUCCUCCGCCAAGACCACCUUCUCGUCCUCCGCAUCGUCGUCGCAGCCGUCCAUCGUUUCGGUCCAGCACCGGACCGAGCGCGGGUACUCGAUCGUCAACAUCAAGUGCGGGGAUCGCCCCAAGCUGCUCUUCGACGUCAUGUGUACCCUCACCGACAUGGAGUACGUCGUGUUCCACGGCACCAUCGAUACCGAAGGCGAUCGAGCCCACCUGGAAUUUUGCAUCAGGCAUCUAGAUGGGAGCCCAAUCAGUUCGGAAGCAGAGCGGCAGCGUGUGAUCCAAUGCUUGCAAGCUGCCAUCGAGCGCAGAGCAUCCGAGGGAUUGCGAUUGGAGCUGCACACGAUGGACCGGCGAGGCCUUCUCGCCGACGUGACCCGGACGUUCCGGGAGAACGGCCUCUCGGUGACGAGGGCCGAGGUCUCCACCAAAGGCCAGAUGGCGACGAACGUGUUCUACGUCACCGAUGCCGCCGGCCACCCGGCCGACCCCAAGAUGAUCGAUGCGGUGAUCCAGAAGAUCGGCGUCGAGAGUCUCAAGGUGAACGAGCGGGUCUGCGGGACGAGGCCGGCGGGCCACGAGGCGGCAGCCGGCGGUGGGGCUGCGCUGUUCUACCUGGGGAGCUUCGUGAAGAGGAAUCUCUAUAACCUGGGCCUCAUCAGAUCCUGUUCUUAGGGACAAAAGGCAUAUCGAGGGUGUGGGGGGAUGGAAUCCGUGGACCAAUUGGGUGUGUGGAUGGGUGCAUAUUAGCCGAUAAUGUACCUUGCCUUCUAUUGGGUCGGGUCUUUUCUGGUUUGGUAUGGUUUUGUACAUAGGAAAAAGAAGGUUGGAAAGCUAGCGAUGAGUUGCGCAGAGGAGAGCAAACCGGGUCCACGGUCAGGGCUGUUACUGUCUGUGGAUGCGAUGGUGAGAAUUUGGGGGCCCCACACCGUGCAUUGUUGUAAAAAAGAGGAGAAGAAACUUCUAAAAGGCUGAUAGAAGUAUACAGAAAAAACAGAGUUGGGUUGGUUGGGUGAUAGGAAGCUGGCUGGCCAGUGAGAUUGUGUGGUGGUGGUGGUGGAGGCAUUGGUGGUGUCCAGAUCUCCGACAGUGGGUCCAAAUGUGUUCCUCUGUUUCACAUAUACGUACACAGACUUUGUACAUAAGGAAUUAGUACUAGAAAUGUUUGACUGGAUGCAUUUGCUUGCUCUCUUUUUUU